AUGGGUGAUGUUGAAAAGGGCAAGAAAAUUUUUGUGCAGAAGUGUGCCCAGUGCCACACCAUGGAGAAGGGGGACAAGCACAAGACUGGGCCAAACCUGCAUGGUUUAUUUAGGCAGAAAACUGGUCAAGUCCCUGGAUUCUCUUGCACUGAUGUCAGAAAACAAAGCUAUCACCUGGGGAAAAAAGACACACUAAUAGAGUAUCAACUGGAGAAUCCCAAGAAAUACUUCCUUGGAACAAAGAUGAUCUUUGCUGGCAUUAAGAAGACAGAAAGGGCAGAGUUGAUAGCUUAUCUUAAGAAAGUGACCAAUGAGUAA